ACAUUCUUGUUUCCCUAUCGUACCGGAUAUGCAUUUCGCUUUCGUGUUCUAUUGUUUAUUUACAGUAAGUGAUGAGUAGAGUCAUUUGCAGGAUUAAAAAACAUUCCGUUCAUUUAAAUUAUGUGCCAAAGGGCGUGGCUACUUGACAGAUACAUAUUUAAUAUACAGAAACAAAUUGAAAAGCUAGGUGGUCAUCAUUAAUUAUAGAAUUUGCCAUGGAUGUUUGGAAUAUUCUAACCUUGUUGCUCGUUCUGAAAUUGCCUAUUUUUGCUAGAAAAAUACCAGAAUUUCUAGCUGACGAAAAUCUAAGGACGUUAGCUGUAACUAAUAAUGAUGUGAUGCUAAGACUGUAUCAGAGACUGGCUAACGGAACUUUGACUAAUGUGUUCUUCUCUCCACUGAGUUUAUCUAUAUGCUUUGGAAUGGUUUUACAAGGUACCAAUGGAGAUACAAAAAAAGAAUUGAGUUCCGUCUUGGGAUACGAAAGUGUCAACUUGACAACGCAGCAAAUUUCUGCGUCUUUUGAUCUUCUCUUAUCCAGAAUGUUAUACCAAUCCAAUAGGGAGCGCUCAAAUUACAAUUUGAAUAUCAUCAAUAAAAUAUUAGUUCAAGAGAACCUAGGCCUUCUUCCUUCCUACAAGAGACUAGUAACCAACUUAUAUCGAGCCUCCAUCGAAGAAGUUAACUUUCAAAGAUAUUUCCACAAAAUCAUCCAUGACGUUAAUGAAUGGGCCAGAGAGAGCACAAACGGGACAAUCGGUAGCAUUGUGAAGGAAAUUGAACCCAAUACAAUAAUGACUUUUUUAAAUGCUGUGUACUUCAAGAGCGCAUGGAAAUACCCUUUCCCAAAACAUAGGACAAGGCCAAAAAUAUUUUAUAAUAAUGGAUUAGAAUUUAAUGCUAAGAAUGUUCCUUUCAUGCAUAUUGAAUCAAAAUUUAACUAUGCAAGUCUCUCAGAUGUUCAAGUGCUUGAGCUACCCUACUCAGGGGAUAAAUUUAGCAUGUUCGUUAUACUGCCAAGUCGGCUGAAUGGAUUAUCUAGCAUUGCUAAUUUAUUUAUGAACCGGGACAUUACUUCGAUUCGAAAACAACUUUAUACAACCAAUGUAAAAGUAUCCUUGCCAAAAUUCAAAAUUAAUUAUUCUAAAGAUUUGUCACCAGAAUUGCAAGCAAUGGGUAUGCGUGCGAUAUUUAAAAAAGGAUAUGCUGAUUUUUCAGCCAUGAUAGCCAGCAAAAAUGCAUGCGUCAGCCGAAUCAAGCACAAAGCAGCUAUUGACGUCAAUGAAAAAGGAAGUGUAGCAGCUGCUUUCACAGGGAUGACUAUGAUAGCAGUAAGAAUGCCCAUCUCCCUACCCCCAACGCCACAAUUCGUUGCAGAUCAUCCUUUUAUGUUUUUAAUAAUAGAUCAGAAAAGUGAUAUGGUUUUAUUUGCUGGUCAAGUUAAUAAAAUGCAUGACAUGUUGAUGCUAAGAACCGAUGCACUAGUUCCAACUGCAGGCAACAGCUCUGGACCAGACGAGACAAAGGGUAACAGAGUACCUGUUCGCUAUAGUGGGAAUCUCACUCUUUCUUCUGUUCUGUUAGCCCUUGGAUUAUCUUCGAAAAUGCUUGGUUUGAUCAAUAAAUUCACCGGCUAUUUCCUGGUAGUAAUUUCAAUAUAUUCAGUCUUCAUCAUGGGGAAAGAAUGUCCUACUUUUCUUAAAUCCUCCCUGAAGAAAAUAGUGCUUGCUAAUAACGAAUUUGCUUUGAAACUUUAUAAAAGAUUGAGUGAAGGAAGUGAUGAAAGCAUAUGCUUUUGUCCCCUUAGUUUGGGAUUGGCAUUAGGAACAGUCUAUCAUGGAGCCAGAGGAAGUACGUCUGAGGGACUGCGGUCUACGCUUGGUUAUGAUACAGCUACAAUAGAAGAUUCUCUGGUCCUACCCUCUUUAAAAAAACUCUUAAAAUCAGUGCGGCCAACAGAAGAUGGAUAUACAUUGCAUGUCGCAAAUAAAAUAUUAACAAAAGAAAAAUUCAAUUUAAAAGAUACUUACAAAUACAUCGUCGAAACCCAUCUUCAAACUUCCAUCAUGCAAGUCGACUUUCACGACAAAGCAAAGAUUGUAACGGAUGUCAAUAACUGGGUUGCUGAAAGCACAGAUGGAAAAAUCGAACAGCUGAUUGAUAUGAAUAACAUCAAUCCUCAAUUAGUCAUGCUUCUGUUAAAUGCGGUAUAUUUUCAAGCUAACUGGAACGCUCCGUUUGAUCCUAAGGACACAGCAGAAGAUAAGUUCUUUAACGACGGCUUAGAAAGCGACACUGUAAACGUCGAAUUCAUGCAUCGCACGAACUAUUUCCUGUAUACAUCCACUGACGAUGCACAAUUUCUGAAAAUACCAUUUGACGGAAAUGCAAUUAGCAUGCUUUUCAUACUACCGCUCAACGGCAAUGGUUUGCAAUCUUUGCAAAAAAAACUUAAUGUGCAAGCAGUCAUGAAGAUUCAAAAGAAACUUGGAGGUCUACAAGUAAAUGUGUCAUUGCCAAAGUUCAAAGUCGACUUUUCCCAAGAAAUAUCAGAAAGUAUUAAAAGUCUUGGUGCAGCGGAAGCUUUUGAUGUUAGCAAAGCAGAUUUUUCUGGCAUGGCAAAUGUCGAUAGUAACAUCUAUCUCAGCGAAGUUAUACACAAGUCAACUAUAAGUGUCGAUGAGUUUGGUUGUCAGGCUGCUGCUGCAACUAGUAUUUCUGUGCAUCCAGGAGCUGCAGCACCCGGUGAACCGACUGUUUUUAAAGCUAAUCAUCCGUUUAUGUUCCAAAUUGUCGACGAUGAUACACAUAUCAUAUUGUUUGCAGGUCAUGUAAAUAGAUUUUAAAAUUUAAAUAAAACAAAAUAUCUAACUUUAUGGCACCUACUAAAGUGUGAAUGAAGUAAUAAAGUUAUGAGAACCGCUGUA